AUGAGCUUCCUUCACAGAUUUCUGUCGGAUGAUAAGACCAAAGAAUCCUCAUCGGCCCAGUUCUGUCAAUUUAGUUGCAUCGAAGAGUUGAGAGAAUCAGGAUCUUGUUCAUCUACUUGUCUUUACGAGUGUCCUACCCUCUGCAAGAUCGUCGAAGCUGCAGGUCUUUCUCCACCUCCGGUGACUCACCACGUCGUAAACCUAACGAAGACCUUAAUCAUCGCGGCUUCCUCUAUCAUCACAACCCUGUUUCUCCUCACUUUACUUGUCCUCUGCUUCAAGUUCUACAAAAGGAGAAGAAGAUCGAUAACAAUAUCAAGAAGGUGGAGCAUGGAGGAGGCUAGGAACUGGGACUUCGAUGGACCGUCACCGCCGGUUAUCAUCGACCAUCCGAUUUGGCAUAUCAGAACGAUCGGGUUGAAUCCAACGGUUAUAAGCUCGAUCAAAGUGUGCAAGUACAGUAAAACAGAUGGUGUUGUGGAAGGAACGGAUUGUUCUGUUUGUUUAAGCGAGUUCGAAGAAGAAGAGUCGCUUAGGUUGUUACCAAAGUGUAGACACGCUUUUCAUCUUUCUUGUAUUGACACUUGGCUUAGAUCACACACCAACUGCCCUCUUUGUCGUGCUCCUAUAGUCUUGGUCAGUGAUGAUGAUGGUGGUGCGGGUUUAGAGGAGAUCCGUGAGGAAAAUGGAGAAAGAGAUGAAGAAAAUGAGAGAGAUGAUGAAGAAGAAAGAGAUGGGUUUGUUAGUAUUGUUAUUAGAGAUGGCGUAGCGGAUGAGUCACAGCAGCGAGUGAGAAGAUCAGUGUCGUUGGAUUCGUUGUCAGGUUUAAGGGUAAGUGAAGUUGGUGCUGGUAGAGGAAAAGAUAAAGUGAAGAGAGGAGGCAAUAAUAUUGGAUCUUCUAUUAUUGGGAGGUCAAGUUUCUUGAAGAGAUCAAUCUCUUACGAUGGUAAGUAG